GAAUUUUGACAGUUUCAUUUCAUUGCGAAAAGAGGAGACCCUUGACGACAUCAUAAUUAUCAAAAGUUCAUUCACAGCAGUGACGUCAUUAUACACGUUAUUUGCUAUUGGUCCCAAUCUAUGGAUACAUCCGGUUGCCCCAAUUAGAAAUACUUCGGGAGCCUUCUUAAGGCGCCAAAGAGCGUCGCUUGGCUCCAGAUCUUCGGCUAAUCCGAGAGAGGUCGCGAGGGACGGGUUCAUCUUCUGCAGAAAAGUGAUCGAGAACCGAGGGUUUCCGAGAAUGCUACGAGCAGCUCUAGUCGUCACCAUCUUUGUGUUGGCAGGAACUCAAGAAGCCCACGGACUGUCAUGCCGCGCUUGCGACCCUGAGAGUUGCAUACCUCCUCGAGGCUGCAAAUACGGUCUGGUGAAGGGUAUCUGCUAUUGUUGUGAUGUCUGCGCCAAGGGUCCAGGAGAGGCGUGUGGAGGACUGUGGUCCCUCAAUGGCAAGUGUGGCGCAGCCUUCGUUUGUGACACGAGCCAGAGUGAAGGGAUGUACCCGGGGUAUCCGGAGGAAUUCCUGGAUGGAGUCUGCGUAGAAAUGGCAGUCAAUGAUCUGGUCGCGGGCGGAGCUGUGAGAUCGAGAAGGGCCAUGGGUGGAGGUCUCGCAGGCGCCGGCAGAAAAGCGGGAACUGCAAAACUGCAAGCAAAACAGCACGUUCACAAAGCCUUUGGGGGCAUACCUGCUGAAGUAUUGGCUCAGCUGGAGCAGUACUACAAGAACCAGAAAGCUGGCUGAACCUUCUGGAACACCGCCAUCCCGGCCUCAUCGGGUCUUGAAACAGUUAGCCUACCACCCACCUCCGCGCAUUUUUGUUCAGUUCCAAAAAUAAAUAUUUUGUUCUUAUCUCUGGGAUUUAGUGCAGUUUACGUACACUGACUGAUUUGUUUAGUGUUGAAUCCCUACCAUAAAAAAAAAAAACUUGAAUAACAGAAACUAUGUAGGUACAGUUACAAUUGAAAAUUAUGAAUA